AUGUUGUGUUACUAUUUUUUUUUUUUUAAAUGUUUGUUUUGAUUUUUUUAUAAUUUUCUCUGUUAUUAUUGGUGUCGUUGCUAUUAAUUAAUUUCUGGUGCUAAAUUGAGAUAACUGUGUGUGACAAAGAGAGAGAGUAAUCAAGAUUGCUCCUUUGAAUUUUCUAUCAGAAUCUGAGGGCCCAAAAUCUAGGGUUUUCUGUUCUUCUCUGGGGAUCUGAAGACAUGCAGUCCAAGUCUGAAACUGCAAAUCGACUGAGAUCAGAUCCUCAUUCCUUUCAACCUGGCAGUGUUUAUUCUGAGCCUUGGUGGCGUGGUAUUGGGUACAAUCCUGUGGCCCAGACAAUGGCUGGGGCAAAUGCAUCCAAUUCAUCGUCUCUUGAAUGCCCUAAUGGUGAUUCUGAAUCCAAUGAAGAAGGUCAGUCUUUGUCCAAUAGCGGGAUGAAUGAGGAAGAUGAUGAUGCCACUAAGGAUUCACAGCCUGCUGCUCCUAAUGGAACAGGAAAUUAUGGGCAAGAACAGCAAGGGAUGCAGCAUACUGCAUCAUCUGCACCCUCCAUGCGUGAAGAAUGCCUUACUCAGACACCACAGCUGGAACUUGUCGGUCAUUCAAUUGCAUGUGCUACAAAUCCUUAUCAGGAUCCGUAUUAUGGGGGCAUGAUGGCAGCUUAUGGUCACCAACAGUUGGGAUAUGCUCCUUUUAUAGGAAUGCCUCAUGCCAGAAUGCCUUUGCCCCUUGAGAUGGCUCAAGAACCUGUGUAUGUGAAUGCCAAACAGUACCAAGGAAUUCUGAGGCGAAGACAGGCUCGUGCUAAAGCAGAGCUUGAAAGGAAGCUCAUAAAAUCUAGAAAGCCAUAUCUUCAUGAAUCUAGGCAUCAGCAUGCUAUGAGAAGGGCAAGGGGUACUGGAGGACGAUUUGCAAAGAAAACUGACGGUGAGGGCUCAAACCACUCAGGCAAGGAAAAGGAUAAUGGUACUGAUUCUGUCCUAUCAUCACAAUCAAUUAGUUCAUCUGGUUCUGAACCUUUACAUUCUGACUCUGCCGAAACCUGGAAUUCUCCUAACAUGCAACAAGAUGCAAGAGCAUCAAAAGUGCACAACAGGUUCAAAGCACCCUGUUACCAAAAUGGCAGUGGCUCCUACCAUAAUCAUAAUGGAUUGCAAUCUUCAGUGUACCAUUCAUCCCCAGGUGAAAGACUGGAGGAAAGGGAUUGUUCGGGUCAGCAACUGAACCACAAUUGAUGGGGGGUUAGAGGCCGAGGUUGGUUUGUAUCCAAGUGACAUAUUUGGUGAAUACCUUGGUUAUCUGUAAACACUCUUGGCAAUAUAUAUGCCAAGCGGCAAAUCAUUCUUGGCUUUGUUCUUGUGUUUGUGGUGUUAAUGAUACUAUGGGGGGGGGGGGGGGGGGGGGGGGGAAUGAUUGGUAUUUGAGAUUUCUGUUGAAGUCAGUCAAUCAAUCCUUCGUUCUUUUCUCAUUUUUGCAUUUUGUAAAGUUUUAUAGUGGUUAGGAUGGUCACUUCAGAAGAUUAUGGAGUAUGGUGAGAAACAAACUCUUGAUGUGCCAACACUCGUUUGACUGGUUUAUCUUUGUGUAGUUCAACCGGUUGUUAAUGUUAACAUAAGACAUCAUAGGAUAAUGAACAUGCUGUUAGUUACAUUACAUCAUUUGUGGCCCGUUGUUGUUUCA